AUGAACUUUGCCGUGGGCUUCAAGCCGAUGCUGGGGACUUCACAGAGCAUGGAUAACCUGGAGAAGCAGCUUAUCUGCCCCAUCUGUUUGGAGAUGUUCACCAAACCAGUGGUCAUCCUGCCCUGCCAACACAACCUCUGUCGUAAGUGUGCCAACGACAUUUUUCAGGCCUCCAACCCCUUGUGGCAAUCUCGUGGAUCUACUUCAGUGUCCUCAGGAGGCCGAUUCCGGUGCCCAUCCUGUAGGCAUGAAGUGGUGCUGGACCGGCAUGGAGUUUAUGGCCUGCAACGCAACCUUUUGGUGGAAAACAUAAUUGAUAUCUACAAGCAAGAAUCCUCUCGGCCUCUCCAUGCCAAGGCAGAGCAGCAGCUGAUGUGUGAAGAACAUGAAGAGGAAAAGAUUAACAUAUACUGCUUGACCUGUGAGGUUCCAACCUGCUCUAUGUGCAAAGUCUUUGGAGCCCACAAAGACUGUGAAGUGGCUCCUCUGACCAACGUUUAUAAGCGCCAAAAGGUACAAGGAGUGAUGUUAACUUUAACCUGUGGUGGAAAUAGUACUUUUAAAAUAAUAGCUCACCUGUUCCCUCCCUGGCAGGAUAAUGCUCGGCGACAGAAGCAACAUCUUUGUCUGCGCUUUGACUCUUUGUAUAGCAUCCUGGAGGAACGCAAAAAAGAGCUGUUGCAAGAAAUCGGACGAGAGCAGGAGGAAAAAGUCCAAAGGGUGCGCGGGCUCAUCCGGCAAUAUGGGGACCACCUUGAGGUCUCCUCUAAGCUGGUUGAGUCAGCCAUCCAAUCCAUGGAGGAACCCCAGAUGGCCCUCUAUCUGCAGCAGUCAAAGGAGCUGAUCAAAAAGAUCACAGACAUGUCCAAGGUAUCCAUGAGUAGCCGGCCUGAGUCUGGCUAUGAAAACAUGGACCAUUUCUCUCUCAAUAUAGAUCACGUUGCUGAAAUGCUGAGAACUAUUGAAUUUCAGACAGGUGAGAGUGGCUGGAUUGAAACAUCUUGCUGGAGUGAGGGGAGAGGAUGCAUCCACUGCUGUUCCUUCAUUUGGGUGCCAUUCUCUUUGAGUUUUUCACUAACUUACACAUUACCUGUCUAAGAAGGUAUUUGACACUAAGGAACUGAAACUCUAACUCUUAACUAUGUAGGGUGGAAAAGUCUGUAUCUAAGGAAGAGGGCAUUGAAAUGAAGGAUAUUUGAAGAAUGGAGAAGAAGGAGCCAUGGUAUUAUUGGUGGAUGGGGAUAGAUUGAAUUAUUUAGAUUAUCUCAAAGAGAAUGACCCAAACCAUUUUGAACUUGACUCAACAAAAUCCCUCAGCCUCCUAAGUAGAAAUAGCAUAAAAUGACAAGUCGUUUUUUGGACCAUUCAGUGGUUAAACAUCAGGCAUUUGAAAGCAAGACUGAUGUGUAAUCAGGUAAUUCUGCAGACCCACAACAUUUAUAUAGUUUGGGGUUUGAAGGAAAUUCAUAUUUGGCUCAUGGUGCAAAAAUCAACAGCAACAUCAACCCAAUAAAGAAUUUUGUGACUUGUUCAGACAACAUACCCAAGAAAGCUAAAACCCUAAUGUCUAUAUUUGAACAAGAUAUAAAACUAGCAUAUUAGGCAAAUCCAGAAAAGAGACCAGUAACCAGGUAAUACACGCAGUCCUUAGUGCUGGUGUAUUUGGGAAAAAUAAAACAAAGUUAUUUUACUUUAAACUUUUUUUGUUGUAAAUUUGUAUCACAGUCUCUUUUAAAAGUGAAUUUCUGCAUGUCGUAAAAGGAUAUAAUUGAGCUAGAUAGGAUAUUAAUUUGGACAACAAAUUUACACUAAGACUAAAGGACUUUCUUUAUUCAGAAAGAUUAAAGGAUUUGGUUUCCCUUUUGCUUGUAGCUUAGAGUUGUCUUCUGAAAAAUGUAUUUGGAACAUGUAUGACUUAGGAAGAAAAUCAUACAAAACCUAUACAGUAAUCAAUCAUCAUGUGUGGAAGAGGCGGAUUGCAAAUUCCAGCACUACCGGUUCGCUUUUGCGCACACAUGAUACUUCUGCACAUGCACAGAAGCAUCUGGGUGGGUGGGCGGAGCCUCUCAUCGCCGCCAUUCCUGGUUUGCCUGAUCUGGACCGAAUCAGGAGGAACACACCUCUGAUGUGUGGGGAACUGAAGCAUAUUUUUCAGAGGUCUGUCUACAUAAUGGUAGCGUUCAAAAAGCAUAUUGGAAAAUCUGUGUUUAGAGAUUCAAGAUAGAUGAAUAACACAAAGUUGUCAUUUUCACAUAUGCCUGCUUCCCACCCCUACCCUGCUUGCCUUUCAGAUAUUUCUGGAGAGG